AGAAAAGCGCUAAAUGGAAAUCUGUAUAUGAUCAAAUAGAAACUGAAAUUUCAAAAAGAAAGAAAAAAAAAAAAGAUGGGCAAGAGGGGGGUGAUUAUAUACGAUUUUAUCAUCUCCUUGAUGUGGGUAUGGUCUAAUUUUCUGAUAAAGCUGUUGGUGAAUCAAAUUUUAGGGAUUGAUUACCAACCCAAGGCUGAAUUUGUGAAGAAUUCUUUAUCCGUUAUCAACAUGUUCUUCUUCGCCUUCUUGGGUAAGGUCACUAAUGGCGGCGCUUAUAAUCCUUUGACUGUUUUAGCCUCCGCCGUGUCUGGUGGUUUCGCCCACUUCCUUUUCACUGUUGGGGCCAGAAUUCCCGCUCAGGUAAUUGGAUCUAUUACUGGGGUUAAGCUCAUUAUCCAGAUCUUUCCGGGGAUUGGAUCCGGGCCACGUUUGAAUGUCGAUAUCCAUCAAGGUGCAUUAACUGAAGGAUUCUUAACAUUUGCAAUUGUCAUCAUCUCGCUCGGGCUUACUACCAAGAUCCCUAGCAGUUUCUUUAUGAAGACGUGGAUCGCAAGCAUCUCCAAGUUAACUCUUCAUAUUCUUGGCUCUAAUCUCACUGGUGGAUGCAUGAACCCUGCCUCUGUAAUGGGAUGGGCUUAUGCUCGUGGAGAUCAUAUCUCGAAGGAACAUAUACUCGUAUACUGGCUCGCUCCGAUAGAGGCGACUUUGUUAGCGGUUUGGGUUUUUCGGUUGGCAGUUAAACCAGCUAUAGAGGCGAAACAGAAUGUAAAAGCUAAACCAGAGUGAGUCCCUCUGUUUGUUGAAACUCAUCAGUGACCUUGAGGAUAUGAUAACUCAAAGUGUAUGUAAAUUCCAUGGUUAGAUGCGACUUUUCGAAAAUUAGGAAUUUAGUCCCUGUACUUGUAUUUUUAGGAAUUUCGUCCUUACUUUUCAGAUUUUAAAAUUCAGGUCUAACUGUUAAUCCUGUUAA